AGCAAUUAAUCAAUUUAACACAUAUCGAUUUAAUGCUGUACAUUGUGUUUAAAAGUUAAUAAUCAUAGCAAAUAACACCAACAACAAAAUACACAUAAUAGUGUAUAACUGUUUGUAUGAGUGCAUGUGUUGGUCUGAUUGUUGGUACGGUACGGUUGGAGUGUGAUGAUUAUUAAUUUAACAGUUGUGUUAUAACUACGACAGUACGAGCAAAGUAGCGGCGCGCAUAAAUAAGAGUAUCAAUUGGUAUCGGCAAUAUCCAAUGUUCACUGACUUUCGUUAAAUGUGGCUAUGCCGGCAGCAAUUUUCCCGCGCAUAUUUUCCCCUCAAUGGUCGGACGUCCGAUAAUCCGGGCGGUCAACAAAAUUGGUGACAUCGAAGUCAAGGAUUUACAUGUCGAUGAUCUUAUGGUCGGCGAUGAGGCUUCACAGCUCCGUUCGUUACUCGAGGUGUCCUAUCCCAUGGAGAAUGGUGUAGUCAGAAAUUGGGAGGAUAUGUGCCAUGUGUGGGACUACACGUUCGGGCCAAAGAAAAUGGACAUUGAUCCUACAAACACAAAAAUAUUGCUGACAGAGCCGCCCAUGAAUCCCAUCAAGAAUCGUGAAAAAAUGAUUGAGGUCAUGUUCGAGAAAUACGGCUUCGAUUCCACGUAUAUAGCCAUACAGGCUGUGCUGACGCUAUACGCUCAAGGUCUCAUCUCUGGCGUGGUCAUCGAUUCUGGUGACGGUGUUACGCACAUAUGUCCGGUUUAUGAGGAAUACGCUUUGCCCCAUUUAACGCGACGUCUGGACAUAGCGGGUCGCGACAUAACGCGUUAUUUGAUUAAGUUGCUUUUACUACGUGGCUAUGCCUUCAAUCAUUCCGCUGAUUUCGAAACGGUGCGCAUCAUGAAAGAAAAGCUUUGUUACAUAGGUUACGACAUUGAGAUGGAACAGCGUUUGGCGCUGGAAACGACGGUGCUGGUGGAGUCCUAUACGUUACCGGAUGGUCGAGUUAUUAAAGUGGGUGGGGAACGUUUCGAAGCUCCCGAAGCUCUAUUCCAACCGCAUUUAAUUAAUGUUGAAGGUGCUGGCAUUGCGGAACUGGCCUUCAAUACAAUACAGGCGGCAGACAUUGAUAUACGCCCGGAGCUCUAUAAGCAUAUAGUGUUAUCCGGCGGAUCCACAAUGUAUCCAGGUCUACCCAGUCGCCUGGAGCGUGAAAUUAAGCAAUUAUAUUUGGAGCGCGUGUUGAAAAAUGACACAGAAAAGCUAGCGAAAUUCAAAAUACGCAUUGAGGAUCCGCCGCGUCGCAAAGAUAUGGUAUUCAUUGGAGGUGCUGUGCUUGCAGAAGUUACGAAAGAUCGGGAUGCGUUCUGGAUGUCGAAGCAAGAGUAUCAGGAACAGGGUCUUAAAGUAUUGCAAAAAUUGCAAAAGAUCAGUAACUAAGAGUAUUUGCAAUAAUCCGAGCAUAAUACCCACAAUAUCACCAACAAAAACAAAAGAAAAAUCAACAACAUCAGCAGCGCAAACUAUAAAAAAGAACAUCAGAAAAUAAAAAUGAUGGUGGGCGUGAAGCUAGCAUGAUUUACAUAGUCCAUUUAAGUUGAAAUUCAUAGGUUUUCGGCUAUAUUGUAAAGCCUACUACUACUACUACUCUAUAUACUUCCGACAUUGAUAUAUACAUAGUGUACUUUGAAGUCUAUGCUUAUGUUAAAUGGUCUCUUCUACUUAGCUAAAGCAAUGUAAAUGACACUUUGAGUUUGAAUUUGAUUCUUGAGCCUCGGCUAUCUCCUUUUAGUUAUAUGCACAAAGUAAGCCGGUAGUUUCAUGCACACACACAACCAACCAGCUAGCCAAACACACACCUACCCACACACACAUCUUAAUCGUAAUUGCCAAACUAUUUUGUAAAUCAAAAUUUCAAAAAUCGUUUUACUAGAACUUGAUUGUUACUUUAGAGAUAAAAGUGUGAACAAAGCCGCCUAAAUAAUGUAUAUUUUUACUCUUUUAGUAACUUGUAAAUUUUAUAUACAUAUACGCAUAAAUUGUACAACUAUUUUUUUUGUAA